AUCGGGUUCUGUGAACACCCUGGUGAUAUUGAUCAUGGAUGGUGGUCAUCAAACAACACACAUCUAGGAUCUACUCUCAAAUUAUCAUGUGAAACUUGUUACGUCAUCAAUGGAAGUGAAUUCAUCGAAUGCAAACCAAAUGAAAUCUCCACGAAGAUGGAAGAAGAUUGGGACAAGACGAUUCCAUAUUGUCAGAGGGAAACAGAAUUCCAAGCACCAACAUCAGAUUUCGCUUCCGAGACUAAUUCGACGAUUGGGUUACAUAAAGAAACAAGACCAAGACUGUUGACAGUCGUGAUCGGUUGUAUAGCGACAGUGAUCUCUUUGGCCGUCAUCAUGGUCAUCUCAUUGGCCCUUAUCAUUUAUUGCCGCAGAAACCAUCUAGACUUGCUAGAAGAGGUUCAUGACUAUAUCGAUAUGGGUAACAUUCCAGCAAGGGUAAGCGAUUGUCCGAACGCAACGAGGUUACGCGAAUCUUUAAACUUUGGAAACGACGCCACUUCUGAUCAACGAAUGCCAGUCAACAUGAUACCAACACCUGUUGCGGUCGCUGAUACCGACGUUGAUGCUUUUGGGUACGUGCUACCCUCCUCCUCAGCAUCGAUGAGUACGAUGGAACGAUCUCGAAUUGAUAAUCUUGAUGAGUAUGGUUAUCAAACUCUAUCUAAACGCGAAGAAAGUGCCUACACAGACUUGAUUUAAUUGAGUAUCAUAACCGGUGAAUCAUAUUGUGAGUAUAAAACCGAGAUGAGCUUUAGAACUCUUACAAGUUGCUGCCUUCGAAAUAUAGGCCUACCUUGUAAUGUUUGUGGAAGACUGAAGUGGAUUGGAUAUAUGUGAUCCAUAUUUUUACGAGGAAAAUAUGAUUGACUGUACCUCCAAGCCUUUUUUUUGUUUUUACUGAAAGAAUCAAACACAUUUCCAUAUGAAAAAAAAACUAAUCGUAUCAUCAUUUCUAAAUGAAAAACAUAUAAUGAAAAAGGACAAC